CUGUAGUGGCCGGAAGAAGUGCUCAGCAUGGCGGAUGUAUAUUUCCCACUUCAUCCUUUGCUUUACGGCGUCAGUAUAACGCCGUAACAUUGUUCACAAACGUAAAAGCGCAGCGCUGCGAGUGACCGCGCAUCUCCAGACACCACCGGAUGUGUGCACACGGCGCUGGAGCAGCCGUUUGUCUCUCUGCACACGUCGGGGCUUGUGACCCAGUUCGGUUCGGUUUCCUGGACUAAUUGGGAUGAAACAUCAGGAGCCCGAACACAGAACAAAGAGGGUUACGUCUUAAUUCAUCGACCCUGGAGUCAAAGCAGGAAUCGAGUUGACCUCCAGUGGGAAACAAACACGAACAAUGGGCGAGGUGACGGUGGAGGUGGAUGCGGAGGUGGCGAAACAGGACGUGUCCUUGGAGCCUCUUCCAGAGCCACUGCUCAUCAUCCUGUCCCCGCCUCCACCUUUCUUACCUGUCCCCGGUGAGCCCACGAUGUUCUGGCACAAGUGGCUGAAAGCUUUCGAGCACUACGUCGAGGCGCUCGGCGAAGACGAGCUCGUCGACUCCAGCAAGCGCGUGCUCUUCCAGAACUGCCUCGGCCUCGAGGGGCAGCGCGUCUUCGCAACGCUGAUCCCGGGCGAGACCACCUAUGCGGCGGCCGUCUCCGCGCUGACCGUUUACUUCUGCUCCGAUCGCGGCUCUCAGGUGCGCCGGCUGCAAUUUCAUCAGCGGGCGCAGAUGCCCGGAGAGACCGCCGAUCUGUUCGUGUCCGCGUUGGAAGAACUGCUGCGACCUUGCAACUACGGAGACCUGCAGGACGAGCUCAUCCUGGAUCAGCUGAUUGAGAAAACAAACUGCCCACAACUCGGAGAGCGGCUGCUGUCGGAGAGGGAAACGCUGACCCGGGACAAGGCGUUGGUCAUUGGCAAAGAGGUUGAAUUUGCUUUAAAUGAAUCCGAACCGUUUGGUUUCCACGAGGUCAGCGUGGACAUCGGAGACGAUUUAGACCCUCCGGUUCAAAUAAAACGCAAAAGAGGGCGGCCCCGGCGUGGGGAGGGAAGGCCGAAAGAACACACAAAACCACGCUGGACUAAAACCCCGACGAGAUCAGCUCGAUCCAAAGACAACGGCUGUUACAGCAACGAUGCGCUAUAUUAUUGUGAAAACGAAGACCCGUCUAAGAGUGCCGGCGAUAAAGAAGGUAAUGACAAUAACGGCGCCUUGUCGUCACAGAAGAUGGAGGAGGAAGGCUGCGACAAUGCCAGUGAUGAUGAUGAUGAAGAUGAAGACUUUUACCCGUCUAAACUAAAAGGGCCCUACUGUCCUAUCUGCGUUGGCAAGCGCUUCAGGGACGCGAACAAGCUCGCCAGGCACAUGAGGACGCACACGAAGGAGAAACCGUUCGGCUGCCCCGUGUGCGUCAUGGCCUUCAGCCAGUCCUACCACAUGACCCGGCACAUGAGGAAGCAGCACGGCGCGGGCCGCUACAUCUGCCCCAUGUGCGGGAAGAGUUUGGAGAGCUUUGCGGGGCUGCAAAGCCACAAGAGGACGCACGCCUCAGGAGUUCUGAGGUGUCGCGAGAAGUUCACUGACAACGACGCGUUUUGCGGUCACGUGGCGUCGCACGACGACCAUCCGACCCAGACGGAGGGACGGAGUCCUCGGCAAAGUGAGCAGGAGAAGAACCAGAAAGAAAUAAUCGAAUCACGUGACGAGCAUACGUAUGACGAUAGCAAUGAUCCUAUUGCAAAGGAUGACACAGACUCCGACGACGGUGAUUCUCAAGAUGAAGAAUCUAAAGUUAACGUUAAGACGGAAGAGAAGGACACCGACAGAGGUAAACCUCAAGAUGGAGACAGUCGGAAAGAAAAAGUUGCGUGUAAGACCAAAACAAAAGGCCAUUUCUGUCCCAUCUGCGUCGGCAGGCGCUUCAGAGGUCCGAACAAGCUCGCCAGACACAUGAGGACGCACACGAAGGAGAAACCGUUCAGCUGCCCGGUGUGCGCCAUGACCUUCAGCCAGUCCUACCACAUGACCCGGCACCUGAGGAAGCAGCACGGCUUGGGCCAGUACAUCUGCGAUAAAUGCGGGAAGAGUUUAGGCAGCUGGCUGGAGCUGAAAGCGCACAAGAAGACUCACGCGGUGGAAGGGCUGACGUGCCUAUCGUGUGACAAACAGUUCAAGGAGAAGGCGGCACUCGUGAGUCACCUCAAACUGCACAAGAAGGUCCAGUCCAGCCCCCGGAGCCUCGUCUGCAGCGAUUGCGGCAAAAGAUUCGGUCGCAUGUAUCAUCUGAAAAGGCACAUCGUGACCCAUCGCAAGGCCACAGACGGAGAGGUGUACGCGUGCCCUGAUUGUCAGAAGACUUUUGCCUUCCCAGAAGACCUCAACAAACACUUGGAGAUCCACGUGAAAGAAAACAACGGGACCUGUCCGAAGUGCAACGAGACCUUCGGCAGUCCGGAAGAACUGGAGACGCACAUGGGCGUCCACGAAAAGUCUUACGCCUGCAACACGUGCGGGAAGAAGUUCAAGGUGGAGUACGCGCUGAAGAAGCACGAGCAAGGCCACCAAGACGAGCAGUAUUACUGCUCGCUGUGCCGCAAGCGCUUCGUCAAGCUGUCGCACUACAAGAGGCACGUCAUGGUCCACGACCGGCGUGAAUCGAGAUGUCCGCACUGCGACGGCGUCUUCCUGCAGCUGACGGCUUUGAAGUAUCACCUGCGGACUCACACGGACGAACGGCCAUACCAGUGCACCUGUUGCAUCGAGACCUUCGAGGAGCAAGGGGAGCUCCAGCAGCACCGCCUCAAGCACAGGAAGUUCAAGAGGGAGCGGCCGUACUCGUGCACGCGGUGCGAUUGCGCGUUCCCGACGCUGAUCGAGCUGACGGACCACAUGAGCUCUCACGACGGGGAGCAGCCGAUGAACUGCCCCGUGUGCGGACGGACUUUCCUGAACAAGAACAAGCUGGAGAAGCACCUGAGCAUCCACUCGGGGGAGAGGCCUCACCUCUGCGCCGUCUGCGGCAACGGCUUCCCCUCGGCCGCCAGCCUCAAGCUGCACGUCCACAUCCACACGGGGGAGAAGCCCUUCAAGUGUCUGCAGUGCAGCAAGAGCUUCAGGUCGUCCAGCGGGCUGCGGCUGCACGGCAGGCAGCACAUGGAGGUGCGGCCCAGCUACGAGUGUCCCGAGUGCGGCAGGACUUACGGCCGCAUGACGGAGCUGAAGAUGCACCAGCGCUACCACACGGGCGACAAGCCGUACGCGUGCACCUGCUGCAGCAAGCGCUUCAUAAGCAAAGACAAACUGAACGUCCACAUGAGGAUACACACGGGCGAGAGGCCGUACUCCUGCUCCCACUGCGGACAGACGUUUACACAGACUGGAGAUCGAAACAGACACAUCAGUAAAUACCACUAGUCGGAUGCUGCAUUUGAGUGGUUUUUGCAUGUUUGUAGCAGGAAGAAUCCACUGACUCGGAUUAUUCACAAUAUUUGAUCAAGAAUUAGAAACCAAAAUAAUCUUUAUUAGGCAGAUUUAGGCUGCCGCGAACAUUUACAUUGUCAAAUGAUUAGGUUGUGUGAUUUACAUUUUUUUUAAUUGUUUUGGUACAUUUAAAUAAGAGCAUAGAUGCGAUCUGUUGUAGAAUAGAAUCCAAAAGUAAAUCCCUUUUUAAAUUAUCAACCAGUGCUCAAUCAAUAAUAUUAAUACUAUUUAUUUAUAUAGCACAUUUCAUAAAUACUAUGUAGCUUAAAGUGCUUCUACAUUUAUAAAUAAAUAAAAACAGAACACCUUCCUUUUUAAAGAAAGCAUGCAUUUCUGUAAAAUCAACACCUCACUGACAGUUUCAAGAGAAAAACAAGAUGAAGUGCUUUGAGGACUAUUUUUACUUUUCACUUAUUUUAAGGAGUUUUUUUGUUCUACAAAACCCUACGUUUAACUGAAUCAAAAAAUUUAAAAAGUCUUCGAAUAAAUACAAUAGGGGGAACAUUGUAGUAAAGUGGAGUACGGAUUCAAGGAUAAUUUGUCAUUAGGCAACACUUUUUUUUUGCAAAAAAAUGACCGAAGUAAACAAACAAAGAUGAAUUUGUAUAUUUACAUUUGGAUCAUGGAUGGUGCUUUUAAGGGCGGUCUGAUAUCUCAGACUCCACACGCUGUGUAGCAGCAACCUUGGUAGCACAGUUGGUAGCUGCUGCACUGUUUUCUGCAACCUUCAUAGCUUUAGGACUUUAUUCUACUAGGUUACCACUCAGUACAAAAGCUCUGCGUUAAGGGUUUAGUCCUCGUAGCUCCGCCCCCUCACCCCUGUGCCUGACCUCUUCAUUCAGCACUUUCUCAUUCAAGCGUCUCGUUUUACCAACAAACACGUUUGUGCACGCCGAGGGCGCGUUGACCUUUCUACAAACUGGAUAUAAAUCACGGUCACUCAAACGGAUGUCUGAGAUCACGUUUCAAUACUGUUAUUUGUCCUCCCUGCCACAGUAUGUUUGUUUGUUUAAUUCAUUUUGAAAUAUUUCCAUUAAGCCAUUUGUGUUUAGAAAAGUGCCAUGAGAAUAAAACAAUGAUCCACCCUGCUAGCACAUGUAAAUAGGUUCAUGAGCGGUAUUUGUAAACGUGUACGCUGCAUCAUUUAAUUUACUUUCAAUCGGUCAAAAGAGAAUAAAUCAAUUCCAAAUUGCA